AUGGCAUUGGAUCAGUGGCCGUUUCUCCCAACUUCCCCCAACAUCUCCUUCCCCGAGCCCCUCCUGUACGACAGCUACAUCCAGGGGAACGAGUCCAACCUGGAGCUGAACGUCACCAAGACCAGGGAGCAUCACCAGGACAAGACCAGCUCCGUGGUCAUCACCUUCAUCUACUUCAUAGUAUGCUCUGUGGGGCUGUGCGGCAACGCCCUCGUAAUAUACGUCAUCCUGCGCUACGCCAAAAUGAAGACAGUGACCAACAUCUACAUCCUGAACCUGGCGGUGGCCGAUGUUCUGUGCAUGAUGAGCCUGCCGUUCAUCGCCCUGCAGCUGGCGCUGGUGCACUGGCCCUUUGGAGAAGUGCUGUGCAGGGGAAUCAUGACUGUUGACUCUCUCAAUCAGUUCACCAGCAUCUUCUGUCUGAUGGUGAUGAGCAUCGAUCGAUACUUGGCCGUGGUCCACCCUAUUAAGUCCACAAGAUGGAGGAAGCCCCGUGUGGCUAAGCUGAUUAACAUGACAGUGUGGGGCGUGUCCCUGUUAGUCAUCCUGCCUACUAUGAUCUUUAGUGGCCUGGACAAGGUGCCAGUCUGUGGGAUCGUGUGGCCGGAGCCCCAGGAUGUCUAUUACACAGUCUUCAUAAUCUACACCUUCUUCAUAGGAUUCUUCCUGCCGCUGGCAGUCAUAUGUUUGUGCUACCUGCUCAUUAUAGUCAAGGUGAAGUCUUCUGGCAUGCGAGUUGGUUCCACCAAGCGUAAGCGUUCUGAGCGCAAGGUGACGCGCAUGGUGUCCAUCGUGGUGGCAGUGUUCGUCCUCUGCUGGCUGCCUUUCUACGUAUUCAAUGUCACCUCCGUCACCAGCUCCAUCGACUCCACCUCCGCCAUGAAGAGCACCUUCGACUUUGUAGUGGUGCUCGGCUACGCCAACAGCUGCGCCAACCCCAUCCUGUACGCCUUCCUGUCGGACAACUUCAAGAAGAGCUUUCAGAACGUCCUGUGCCUGAAAAAGGUGGCGGGCCUGGACGACAUCGAGCGCAGUGACAGCAGGGCAGACAGGAGCAGGAUGGUUAACGAUGCUGUAAUCAGCAACGCCAACUUGGAGACUCACAAUGCUGCCCUGCUCAAUGGCGAGCUGCAGACCAGCAUCUGAGGAGCGGCAGCCACAUCCAGGGAGCUUCCACACUGAUGAGCUGCCACCACACUGUGAGCGACCCCUUUUCAAAGACGUGGGGGAUAGAGGAUGAUGCAACAGCUGCUGCUCAUGGACAUUGACACAUGAAUAAAGUCUAAAUGAAAAACAAACAAUUUCUUAAGGGUUUUCAGAGGUCAGGGAAAGUACACUGACUCCGGCUCCAAACUCUUGAUGUGUGGGUUAAUGAGGCAACUUGAGCUGGUUCGCCCUGAGGCGGAGUGAAAAUGUAAAGUGAUUUUCAGCACAGCAGAGAAAAGGGAUGUUGAAAUCAAAUAAACAAGACUGCUGUUCAUGCUCGCCAGCUUGACGUUUCUAUUGAGUUUGACAGAAGUCGUGCAGACUGAACCAAAAUCAAGCAGAUGCAGGUUCGGAGAUUGGACAGCUGCUGGAGAAACACUGGGGCUGGUUCACCCGUAGUACAGAGAGAUCUGAGGGGAUUGAGCACCAUUGCUCUCCUUGAUGGAGUGUUUUCAGCGCUAUGCAGGGUCGCCAUCGAUUUCUCUGAAUGAGGAAAUACUUCUGUAGAAGUCAGCCAAACAUGUCAGUGGAAAACAUCCAGCAGUGUAAUCCUAUAGAGACUUUUAACGAUAAAAAUCAGUAACCACAGGCCAAAAGGUGAAAAUCUUCAUACUCAUGUUUUAUUCAUAGCAGCUGAUUAGCCUGGUCUUGCAUGAUCAACAGGGAAACAAAAUGGCACCGCCCUCCCAAAAUGUCAAUAUAUUUACGACAAGUGAAAGAUCCUCUUUCCGCUCUCUUGCUGGCAUCUCCGCGGGAGGAGCUGCAGUGAUGCGUAGACUCUCGAAUUUAACAUCCUGGAUUAUUGAUUAAGUGGAAGGAUGGGAAAACAUCUUGGCGGCAGCUCAGAGCUUGCUCCCUUUAAAAACAGCUCGACUUUGUAUAUACAGAAAGGUUUUCUGUCAACCUCUGGGGGUAAGGUCCUUACGGUCUAUAAUGAAUUUUAAAGUUAUUUCCUGCUGUAAAUCUCUGUUGCUUGUAAUGCAUCAAGGACAGCUCUGAAACUAUGUUUGUGAAACUCAUCAUGUGUACUUUAUACUUCACAGUAUCCUGGUCUUAACACCACUUGCUCCCUGUGCCAGUGGUGCCAUUGUAAAGAAACCAUUUCUACUUGUAAAGUGCUGUGUUUUGACGACGUAAGAGCUUAUGUUGAAAUGUAGUCGCUGCCCUCAGCUUCACACUUGGUUCAGCCAGCACAUGCUUGCAACAAUGCCUACAUCUCACAGAAGGCAUACAAAUAUGCAAUGUAGUGAAAGAGGGAGAGAGAGGCAGGGCGAUACGGAGAUAGAAAACAAAGCUUGAGAGAUUGUAGUAGGCUGAAUGAACAAAGCUGACAGGUGUGUGUGUGUGUGUGAGGGGAGUUAUAAAGAGAGACCGACCUCACCUGUAGGCUACAAUAAGUUCUGAAAAUGUGGUUACAAGCAUUCAAACAGCCAUUUAGACUUUUUUUUGGAGCUCUUAGGCAACAAUGCCUCUUAAGUUAUAAUUCAACUCAUAAGUAUUAAUAGAUCAAACACUAUUUAAUAGUCAAAAUCGAAGCAGCCGACAGCAGAUAUAGUUAAAUGUGCAUAAAACUACAGGACAUCCCUGUGCUCUUAAUCAGUGGCUUCUUGAGAGACCCAAGACUGUCAAGAUGCCAGAUCGAUUAACGGAAUAAUCAAUCAAUCAUUGCAACAUCAUGGAGGUCUCCAUGUUGUUUUUAGCCAUGCUAGCAGCGUGGCAAUGCUGAUCUGUCAGCUCAUUUUGAACUAUUAGAUGGACUGUCAUGUUCCCCAGAGGAUGAUCUGUAACAACCUUAGUGAUCCCUUCUCUUUACUACAACUUAACAUGCAGCAGCAUCAUCAGGUCAAAUCUUUUAUUUGUUCAGCAAUUUAAUUUAAGACCAAAUACGUGCAAAACAAAUUACAUUCUCAUCAGCUGUGCUUCAUGUUUAGUGCUAAUUAGGAAAUGUUAGCAUGCUAACACGCCGAGCAAAGAUUGUGCACACAGUGAACAAUAUAUCUGCAUGUUAGCAUUGUCACUUGAGCAUGUUAGCAUGCUAAUGUUAGCAUUGAGCUCUAGUAGGCCUACAGGCACAGGGCUGCAAGCAUUAGUCGUUGCUGAAAAUUGGUAUUUACAUGGUGCGCUCCAAUAAAGAUCAACUUGUAACCUAAACUUUCACACUUCAACAUAAUUCUCAGUUUUAAUUUGUUAGCUAGCUGGUUAAUAAGCUAGCUGGUUAAUAAGAUAGCUGUUAAUAAGCUAGCUGGUUAAUAAGCUAGCUGGUUAAUAAGAUAGCUGUUAAUAAGCUAGCUGGUUAAUAAGCUAGCUAAAAUAACCGCAGUUAGCUUGAUUAACUCGGCGGACACUAAGCUACAUCAUCCUAGUAGAGAAAGAGCCAAAAGGAGCUCCAACAAAAGACCUUGUUACAACAACUACCUGAUCACCUUAUCGGAAACCUUAUCACUCCCUUCAUGCUGACUGAAUGAGCCCACAUCCACAGCAGACAUCUAUUUCCGUUUCAGCUAUCACGCUGUUUGUGCACGGUGACUUUUCCAACGGACCUACAUGAUGGAGCCACGUCUGGUUGCCAGGAGAUUUGUCAAACAACUGCAAAGCCUCCGUGGUAAUAAGGUCGUCCGCCAUAUGCUGCGGUGUAAGAUUCACUUCAGCCCAGAAUAUCAGUUAAGUUAGAGGCCAUCAAUCACUACCAUCAUAAGAGAUGAGGGGCCGGACGGGGCUUGUCCCGGGAGGUUACUGCGGAAAACAAUUUGUCAAGGCGUCGUCUCUGUGCCGUCACUGUCAGUAGUAUUAUUUAUUGCAAGGUCAGUCCCAUCUUCAAUCACCGGUCCAAGUAGGAACACACACUGUCAGACACUUUUAGGGUAUGAGUGUAGGUACAGUUUUAUAUAAUCUAUUUAAAGACAAUAAACCCUCUCCAGCCAUGUUGCUCACAAUGUGUCACACACACGUCGGCUCCUCGCACUCUUGGUGAGGGUGACUAAUUCUGCUUCAAGUAGUUUUACUGACCCAAUGGACUCUGAUGUUUGGAUUGCAUCACAUGCAGUGAAUGAUUCUGAAACUAUUUUUUGGCGAAUAUUCUGCCAGAUGUGUGUGUCACAGUGAGAAAGUGAUUUCUCAAUGUCACCGAUUACAGUUAAGGUAUUUAGCGCUUUCAAAGCCUCAAGUGCAAGAACUAUUCUCUCAUACACAGUUAAUUAGUUUUUCUCUGUCCUAUCUGUUCCCAUCGCUCUCUCUUAAUAAUACUAAUAUGAACUGACACAUUUUACACCCACCCAAACUCAACUGAGCCAUACUGAAGGAAACACUAUGUCUGUCAUACCGCUGGCUGACAUACGUAAGAGACUUAAUGUACUUAAUGGACCAUUAUGAUGUUUAGUAGAUGUUUAUAAGACGGUUUAUGCCAAAACCAGUGUAAAUGUAGUGCUAAAAGGACAGCUGAGGCAGUGAGACAUGCCCGUAGUCGCUGCUUCCUUUGUAAUUUUGUGAAAUCAAGACCUAGUUAUCUCUCUGAAAACAGGUCACAUUCUGAAAAAGUCAUUUGGGUUGACAUGGCUCUUUGUUCGCCAGGAACAAUUCAGAGCCAAAUGUGAAAAGGGCAUUUUGAUGGAGUUCUGUCUGGUUCAUGCCAGUGUACAAAAGAGAGGAAGAAGCGGAGGAAUGGGAAUCCUCCGCCUCUUUACGCUCCGUUUCGCUUUUUUUUCCGGAAACAUAAGUUAAUUUGCAAAGGGCUAGAACGUGCACUCCUGAGGACGCACCGUUCAAUAUUUACUAUGUAUUUGUGGCAUCCUCUGCUUGUUGUUGCAUGGGGAGGGUUGCGCAUCCCACCUUCUGUGUCCCAUCACUAACCAAAACCAGUGUUUCACAUUAUUGAGUAUCGAAACUUCUCCAUAUCUGCAUUCAACUCUUUUAGUACACAGAUCCAGCCGAUCACCACAAGUGUUCUUCUAUUUAAUGUGAGGUGGUGUGGUUAUUCAACAAAUAUUUUAAUCAUUUGAACACUUACAAAAUGUAUUUGUGUAUCAAAUCUAUUGGUAUUGGUAUCACUUUAAGGGUCAUUUUAUGAAACGAUACCCAGCCCUACUGGGUGGCCACCUUUCUUUGCUAGAUACACUUUAAGAAAAGAAGGAACAUAGAUGUACUUAUUCUUUUAGUCAAAGAAAUACAAUUUUAGGGUUGAAUUUUAGCCGAGCUGGUUGUAAGUUACAUGCUUGUACUGUAUGUACUUCUCUGUGCAGUUACUUUUAUCUAUGUGCCUUGGAACUUAGAAUAAAAUCAUGUGAUGACAUCAAUGUACAGAAAAACAACAUUGUAACCGGUUUCUCCCAAAAAGCCAAACAACCAAAGGCCUUUGUACUGUACAGACAUGUUGGUAACCUUUAACAGAACAUUUUUAAUGCCAUCCCCCAGCUUAUAUUUGUGUGAUAUAAUGUCAGAAGCAGAUGUUUAUUUGUGACUUUUUAUCGUUACAUAGAAUAGAAUGUGAUCAUUGAUUGUAACGGACGACAAUGUCCUCGUCUCUGCAAUUAAAAUGCGGGCUAGUUCCUGCUCCCGUG